AUGCCAAUUGGAAUUUCACGUUCCUCAGAAUUAUCAUUGGAAAUAGAGGAGAAGUAUGGUUGGUUAUUGAAAUGGACAAAUUAUAUCAAAGGAUAUCGACAACGUUGGUUUGUGCUCGAUUCAUGUGCUAAUCUAAGUUAUUACAGGAAUUCGUCUGAAGUAGGCCAAUCAUGCCGCGGUAGUAUAAACUUACAAGAAGCUCGUAUUCAUGCAGAUAAAGCAACGAAUAGCUUGACAAUUUCAGCACCUUCGCAAACAUUUCAUUUGAAAGCUCAAAAUGAACUGGAUCAUGACAAAUGGUUUCAUGCGCUCGAAUGUGCUCGUCAUCGCGCUGUUCGUAAUGCUGAAUCAGAUGAAGAUGAAGAUAUCAAAAUGACCGUAUCCGGUGCCAGUGGUGCUGCAGCAAUUGAAACAAUGAACCGAGCAAUUGCUACUAAGAUUCUCGAUUUAAGGACGUGCAGCUCUCUCAUUUCAAAACAUGGGUCGGAACUUUUGAAAGCAAUGAGUGAUCUAGAAAAGACGGAAAAAAUUAAAGCAGUAGCUGAACGCAUCAAUCUCUUUAAGAUUACAACUGCUGCAAUGAUGAAAGCUUGCGAGGAAUUUGUCACUCUUACUACUAAAGAAACAAAAAAAGUGGGACGUUAUGCAGCAAAUGAACAUGAACAACGCUUAAGAUUGCAAGAUCAAUUGGAAGAACUUGCACAACAACAUAGUAAACUCGAACGUGUCGCAUAUCGUUCAACACAUAAAAGCAGUACUGGUUCGGAACCACCAUUUUUGGAUGCAGAAGAAGAAUUCCAUGAUGCGUACGACUAUGUUUCCGAUGCGCAUGAUGGCAGGAAAUCCAGUUCUUCUCAAACAGAAUCUAUUUGUGAAGUAACAGACUCGAAAUUAUUUAAUGCAGAAAUUAUUCAUCCAAAACCAGUUAAAUCUGAAAUGAGGUUAGCCCGUUACGCUCUAACUACCCAACAUUCACGACAGCGUCGUAGCAAAAUACCUGAAAGACCACAAACUUCCAUCAAUUUGUGGUCAAUCAUGCGCAAUUGUAUUGGCAAAGAAUUGAGCAAAAUUCCAAUGCCUGUGAAUUUCAAUGAGCCACUUUCUGUGCUACAAAGGAUUUCUGAAGAUCUGGAAUAUUCAUAUUUAUUAGAUGAUGGGGCAGAAAAAACAGAUUCACUAGAACAGAUGUGCUUUGUGGCAGCAUUUGCAGUCAGUGCGUAUUCGACGACGGGUUAUCGUACGACGAAACCUUUUAAUCCGUUAUUGGGUGAAACAUUUGAAUGUGAUCGAUUUGAUGAUCUUGGCUGGCGCUCUUUUGCUGAGCAAGUAAGUCAUCAUCCACCAAUAACAGCACAUCAUGCUGAUGGUCAUAAAUGGACAUUGCAUCAAGAUUUCUCAAUGACAUCACGUUUUCGUGGAAAAUAUUUAUCAGUAACACCUACCGGUUAUACGUAUGUUAAGUUUCUUGAUAGCGGAAAUGAAUAUUCAUAUAAGAAAGUAACUACCACGGUACAUAACAUCAUCGUGGGCAAGCUGUGGAUAGAUAAUCACGGUGAGAUGUUGAUUGAAAAUCACAAAACUGGUGAUAAAUGUGUCUUGAAAUUUCAUCCCUAUAGCUAUUUUUCCCGAGAACUUCCGCGGAAGAUAGCUGGUUUCGUGAAAGAUCCAGUUGGAAAAGUUCACUGGCUUAUCCAAGGUGUUUGGGAUAGCUAUUUGGAUAUUCUUAAGGUGAAAGAUGAAGUUAACACUGAUGAAAAUGCACGCUUUGAGACCGAUGCACCAAAUCGUAUCUGGACGAUCAAUCUACCAGUGGAAAAUAGUGAGAAGAUGUAUUAUUUUACGAAGCUGGCAAUUGAAUUAAAUGAACCAGAAGAAGGUGUUGCUCCAACAGAUUCGCGGCUUCGUCCUGAUCAACGACUAAUGGAAGAUGGAAAAUGGAAUGAAGCAAAUGAAAUGAAGUUAAAAAUCGAGGAAAAGCAGCGCGCUGUACGUCGAGAACGAGAACUUUUAGCAGAAAAAGCAUUGCAAAAAGGUGAACUAUUUGAAGAAUAUAAGCCGUUAUGGUUUAAAAAACAUCAGCACGAAGAAACGGGUGCUUUAAUACAUGUAUUUACUGGUGAAUACUGGAAGAAAAAGAAGACUGGUGACUGGUCCAAAUGUCCGAGUAUUUUUUAA